CGGCAGCAGCCGCCUGGCUCGCAGCCCCCGGCGGGGAGCCGGGCCCUUCCCGCGGGGGCAGCGCCGACCCUGCCGUGUGACAGCCGGGGGGGGCCGCUGCUGCCUCGGCGAGCGCGGCUGCGGCGGCGGCGGCUGCAGCCAUGUGUUUCUCCGCCUGCCAGUGACACAAUAACACGGGAAGCGGCGGGAGGGAUCGGAGCUGCCGAGGGGAAAAGUGACCUGACGUACUCAGGCCGGCGGCGAUGGAGGAGGGCAUGAGCAGCAUGCAGCAGAAAGCGGCGGAGCUGGAGCACAUGGCCGAGGUCCUGCUCACCGGCGAGCAGCUCCGGCUCCGRCUGCACGAAGAAAAGGUCAUUAAGGAUCGGCGACAUCACCUCAAAACCUACCCCAACUGCUUCGUUGCCAAAGAGCUGAUWGACUGGCUGAUUGACCACAAAGAGGCCUCUGACAGGGAGACAGCCAUCAAACUGGUGCAGAAAUUACUGGAUCACAGCAUUAUCCACCAUGUCUGUGAUGAGCAUAAAGAAUUCAAGGAUGUCAAACUGUUCUACCGCUUCAGAAAAGAUGAUGGGACGUUUCCACUGGACAAUGAGGUGAAGGUGUUCAUGAGAGGACAAAGACUGUAUGAAAAGCUGAUGAGUUCUGAAAAUACCCUUCUGCAAGCCAGGGAAGAGGAAGGAGUCAAGUAYGAACGGACCUUUGUAGCAUCGGAAUUCAUUGACUGGCUGAUCCAGGAGGGAGAGGCCACGACCCGGAGUGAAGCGGAGCAGCUCGGMCGCAGGCUCUUGGAGCACGGGAUUAUACAGCACGUGUCCAACAAGCACCAUUUUAUGGACAGCAACUUGCUCUACCAGUGCAGAAUGAAUUUCCGCCGGCGGCGGCGAUUAAUGGAGCUCCUCACUGAGAAAUCUCGCUUGAUGCCAGAAAGCCAUGACAGCCCAUUUUGCCUGCGCAAACAGAACCAUGACAACAGGAAACACACCAGUUUUCUCUCAGUGAGUCCCACCAAGGAGAUAAAGAUCGUGUCGGCAGUGCGGAGGAGCAGCAUGAGUAGCUGUGGCAGCAGCGGGUACUUCAGCAGCAGCCCAACGCUCAGCAGCAGUCCCCCUGUGCUCUGCAACCCCAAAUCUGUAUUAAAGAGACCUGUGACUGCUGAUGAGCUCUUGAUGCCUGGAGCUCCAUAUGUUAGAAAAACUUUUACGAUCGUUGGUGAUGCUGUGGGCUGGGGCUUUGUGGUGAGGGGGAGCAAACCCUGCCACAUCCAGGCCGUGGAUCCCAGUGGGCCAGCAGCUGCAGCGGGGAUGAAGGUUUGCCAGUUCGUGGUGUCUGUCAAUGGCCUCAAUGUUCUGCAUGUGGAUUACAGGACAGUGAGCAACCUCAUCCUGACCGGCCCUCGAACAAUUGUGAUGGAAGUGAUGGAAGAAAUGGAGGCCUGAGAAGGCAAAAAAACCUCUUAGUGGACAUUUUUGUGAGAGAAAUAACAACCAUGGAGUGGCAUGACACAAGGCAGCGUCUAAAGAGAUGAUUCUGCUUUUGGGGGAGGGGGCUCUCUUUCAUUUAACAAUAAUAGCACUGGUGAUUAUGCUAAGAUGUGAACAACAGACACCAGCAUAUUUUCACUACGGACUUCUCUUUGCCUGACAGAGACAAGAUGAAGGCUUUAGGUGAUGUGUCCAGCCAUGGCUGCACUGGUCAGAAUGGGUUCCAGCCUCAGAGGCCAUUUCCUCACAGUCCRCCACUGGAACAAAGCACUUCAGGAGCUGAAAGAGCCAAACACUGUGGGGUCAGGAURUCACAGAUGGUUUGCAUGACGUAUUGACAUUGAUAAACAUUGUCCUGGUGUCCAGCUUUGUCCCUGGAGCACAUGCAGUCGCAGUUGCUUUCUGCUUGGGCUKGGGGCCAGCUGAUUAAAUCCUGGCUUGAUCACAGUCAAGCACGAACUGCAAAUGCAUGAGAAAAGGUGUCUGUGCUCAGUAGAGGAUAUUCCUGUAUGAAUGUUUGGGCCUGACUGAGUACAUGGGUUAGUCUACAAAGAAGAUGGAAAAACGUGUGGUACUUUUAUAAAAUCUGCUUUUGAAAAUUGGUCUUUUGGUUUCAAUGCCUGUGCACUGGUUUAGGUGCUUGAGUAUAAAAUAUUGGUUUUGAGGUUUUUUCCAUAUCUGUAAAAGAAAGGUGCUUCAAUCUUGCUAUUCAUCUCUUUGGAGAAUUUUUUGGACACCUUAAUUCCUAGAAGAAUAUUUGGCAAGUUGCAGUGGGAAAUUCACAGCCUUAGCAUAAGGAAUGAUACAUCCAGAUGCUCCAGUAGCGAAAGUACACUUCAAAUUGAAGCAAUGUACUUGAAUGUACAUUAAGCUUAUUAGCACUUUCCAAUCAUCUGAUGUUUUGCAAAGAACCAACUUCCCACAUGAGCUGCAUUUGACACUAUUAAAAAUAAAACAUUGUAUUUAACUCACUCUUAUGUUUCUCAAACAAUAGGAUUUCUUCACUGAUGAAUUCAUGAAAGAAAUACUUUAAAAAAACAUGUAUAAAAGUUCCAUAUUCUGCAGUUAGGUGACUCUUCAACUUGAUAGUAAGGGGACUGCAUGGGUUUUCUUUGAGCUUUGAACUGAAUAAAUAUGUUCUGCUCCACAAAAUUAUGAAUAUAUUUUGCAGACUUUCUCUGCUGUCUAAAUUUUACAAUUAAAGCUUGACUUUCUAUAUGCACAUGCCACAAAUCGUUCAGUUACAGGGUGGGGAAAGUAUUUUUUCCUCAAAUAAUUCUGGAAUAYGUUUUGUAUUAAAAUUGUUCUCACUAAAUAAAUUUCUCUUUCAGUAUGUUUUUUCACUCACUCAAACACUUUUACCUCAAAGAUUCAGCAAAUCUGAAAACUCACAUAUGCCUGCAGCUUUGCAGGAAGAAGUCCUUGUGUUCUUUGUUUSUGGUUUUGUAUGUGUGUGGUUGUAUUUUCACCAAGAAAACCUCUGAAACUCCACUAAUAYGCAGCAGUGCAGGGAGGUGUAAAACUGCAGCUGCUAACUUGGUAUUAACCAGUAAUAAUAACUCAGGCACAAGAGUGUUUGCUGGGUUUGUUCAAACUGUUGUCUGCUAUGACAUUUCUAAAUCCCACUUGUACUCCCCAAAAUUUUGGUACACAUGUAUAAUCCAUAGCAGGUUACAUUUUACAGUUAAUGUAAAAUAAAUAGUUGGGCACAUAAUGUUAGAUGAGGUUGUAAUAACUGUCCAUGGUAUCCACUCCUAACACUUGAAAACAAUCUUGUUAUUUCAGUAUGCUGUAAGUGUUUUGGUUUGUGAAAGCAGGAAUGCUUCUCCAAAUAUUUCGAUUUAAUUUAUAUUUUUUAUUUUCUUUUCCAUUUCUUCCCCCCCUCCCCGGGUUGUUUUGGUGGCUUGGGCCCCUUUAAAAUACAAAUUGUGCAUGUUAAGGCAGAUACAGACUAAGUUAAAUAUUACAAUGUGAAGGAUUUUCUUAGCAAAAUGCUAAUGAUUCUCUCUAAUGCCAUCAUGGAUUCUUCUGUAUUACAUCUCUUGCCUUAGUUAAUAUUCUGCUACAAGUUCUCUGUAGCUUACAGAUAAUUAAGAAACUGGGUCAGAAUUUGGCUUAAUAAUGCAUUACAGAGUGCACUUCAGACUAGAGCAAAAAGAGUGGGAAUGGGGGGAGGGAGAGAGCUGUGCAUUUCAUUAUGUUACAGAUUGGAGAUGGCAUCUUGAUUCACAAGAUACAUUCGUCUCUAUCACRAUCUGAGCACUGCUGCUUGCCUUCUGUUUAACAGGGAUUUCCAUAUUGUGUUCUCAAUUUGACUGACAAUCUGGGAUUUAAUUAAUUCUUUCCCUCUUUGGUGUGACAAAGGUAUUCAAAUUGUCUCUGCAAUGAAAUUUUGCGUUUUGGAAAAAGGSAUGCAGAGUAAAAAUUAAGCUAUGAAAUGUAUCAUUUCCAAUUAAAUUGCAGUUUGUCUGCAGAUAGUGCUGCAUAUGCUCYGAGACAUUCCACAGGAGCCCGUGUCAAACUCUCGUGCAGUUCAGAGGGCACAGAAUUUUGAAUAUAACAGAGCACCUUGCUUCCUGCAAAGUGCCAGGGGAAAUGUAAGAUUAUUCACAGAAGUGAGGCAUUUCAAGAGAUGGAUGAAUAUCACAGUGUGGAGUGAAGCAAGAAAUCAGAAAUUAAAAACAAACCCCAGCAUCAGCAGUAAUCGCUUCACUAAAAAGAAAUUUUUGUAAGACUUACUGUCUUCUGUGAUCACGUUUUUGGUUACUACAGAUCUUGUGAGAUCCUCUAAUAAAUCUUUAAGCCUUAAUCACUCAACUUAGUGCCAUUCCUCUGUACAUGUACAUUUGCAAAUCAUUUAUGGACAUCUUCAAGCAAUGUAAUAUUUAAUUAAAUUCAAGUAGCAGUUAAGCUAAUUGGAGCAUUAAAUCAGUGUGGGGUUUUUUUUUCUGUUGUAUUUCCUACAAGGUACAUUAUUUUCAUUAUCCUUUUCAAGAUCAAAUACCAUAUGUAUAGUAUUGAACACAACUGAUUCCACUGCUAAUCCCAUAGAAGGCAUUUCCUUCACACAAUGAUGCAAUAAUCCACUUCAGGUGUAUCAGAACUUAAUUGCUUUUUAGGUCUGCAUAGAAGCUGAARAUAAAACUUUCAGACUUAAAAAGACAUUGGUGGUGUUAUAGCAGUAUCUGAAAUACUAGUGGAUGUGGCCUGUUACACCUUCUGUCUAUGAGAUUACAUUCAGGAAGAGGUUUGGAAUGAAAAGGUCAUGUAGUAGGACUGUUUCUCAAAGUAUGUUUCUUCAUUUUUUUUCUUCAUUUUCUGCUUAUACUCUCAUGAAUGACUAAAGAAUGCUGGGGAUGUGUCAAAUGCUGUCCCAGAAUUAUUGGUUUAAUGGUCAGAUUGUUCCCUUAUCAUGGUCUGGUAAGGGAAAACUGCCCCAGCGAAGUUGGAGAAUAACAAGAGAUCUGAAUUUGGGCACAUUUGUUGUGCCUCUGGACCU